AUGGGUCGGUGUGUCGGGAGGAACAGAAGUUUGUUCUGCGCUGUGUUUUUACGCAGGCGCAGAUCACUCUGUUUGCCCAGUUUCGCUGGUUGACUUUUACCUGUGAGGUAGUCUAGUUUCGGUUCGCCUGUGUGGAUAAGCAACAACAACCACCAGGGUCCGACCCAGUCCAGAGGUGUCAACACUUUCCUCGACCCUCCCCGGACCCGUGUGAUUCUGGAGCCCCCACUGCGGAGCGUCGGACGGGAAUUCUCCGGGAUUUUAGAGUCUGUGCGCAACAGCGAGCAGAGCAGGAGGCAGGUGCACGGGAGCGGACAGGACAGGGGGAGGAGGAGGGCUGGUUGUAUUUCCGUAACACAGUCCUGUCGUCCACACCCGGCCGGAUGAUUGUAAAUCAACUGGUUGGCUCUUCGGUGGUCGAUCUGUGUUAGUUUCAUUAGUAUGCGGCCGGGGUGCCCCCUCUGCAGCCGACAUCCAGCCUGAGGAGCGAUCGGCAGCCCUGAAGUCUCCUCCGUGCCUGCUAAGUGACUCCUCGCCCCGUGGAGGACGAGGAGGAGAAGGAGGCGGCACCAGCAAAAGCAGGACCCCGGCUGCACGGGUUGUUGUGUGGAGCACUUUACACGGACGCGACGCGGACCUCUUCGCCUUGUGGAUCGGGAAGAUGAUGGGCUUUCUGCGCCGGACGUUCAGCCGCCGCUCCCGGAGCCGCUUCCAGACGAGAGAGAGGGACGAACUGGAUGGGAAAGGGGGAGGAGAAGGGGGGGGAGGAGGGGUGACCGGGAACCCCCUGCUGCUGGCCCAUCAGCAGCAGGUCGUCCACGCACCUGCUGUGGUCAGCGGGGGGGCGUCGGUCCACAUCCCAGCGGCAGGGACCGCGAGGACCACCAUCACCUGCCGCGUCCUGCUGCUGGACGGCUCGGAUGUCAAUGUGGAUUUGCCUAGUAAAUCCAAAGGCCAGGACCUUUUUGAUCAGAUCAUGUAUCACAUAGAUCUGGUUGAGACAGACUACUUUGGAUUGCAGUACAUGGACACAGAACAAGUCUCACACUGGCUGGAUAUGUCCAAGUUUAUAAAGAAACAGAUCCGAGAUGGGCCUCCAUACAGACUGUUCUUCAGAGUGAAAUUUUACUCUUCAGAGCCAAAUAACCUGCGUGAGGAAUUUACAAGGUAUCUGUUUGUGUUGCAACUUCGACAAGAUAUUCUCUCUGGCAAGUUGAAAUGUCCGUAUGAUGUCUCAGUGGAGCUUGGGGCAUACUGUUUACAAAGUGAGUUGGGAGACUGUGACCCCUUGGAGCACUCUCCUGUCCUGGUGUCCGAGUUCCGCUUCUCUCCCAAACAGAGCGAGGCCAUGGAGGCAGACAUCUUCAGCAGGUGGAUAGAUCUCAGGGGACAAAGCCCGUCUCAAGCCGAGAUCUCCUUCCUCAACAAGUGCAAGUGGCUGGAGCUGUACGGAGUGGAUAUGCACUUUGUUAAGGGCAAAGAUGGGGGAGAAUACGCACUAGGCCUCACUCCCACCGGCAUCUUAGUGUUUGAAGGCUCCAACAAAAUCGGCCUCUUCUUUUGGUAAGCCCAAAUCACUCGGCUGGACUUUAAAAAGAGUCGGCUCACGUUGGUCGUGGUGGAGGAUGAUGAACAGGGUCGGGAACAGGAGCACACGUUUGUGUUCCAGCUGGCCAGCGCCAAGAGCUGCAAACACCUGUGGAAGUGUGCUGUGGAGGGCCAUGCCUUCUUCCGGCUACGUCAACCAACCACGGGGAAAGCAGGCCGCAGUGACUUCACGCGGCUCGGGUCCCGCUUCAGGUUCAGUGGUAAGACAGAGUAUCAGGCCACUCAUGGAGGCCGACUGAGGAGAGCAAGCACGUUUGAGAGAAGGCCAAGCAAGAGAUAUCCCUCCCGCACACAGUCACUGGGCAAAGUUUCCAUUUCUCCUGCCAAGCCUCAUAUCAGCUCUCACGCCAGCCCUGAUCCCAGCCUUCAUCCAUACCAGCACAACAUCCCUAUUGGCCACGAGCCGUGGCACUCACCCCACCCCGCUCUUACACCUCCAGUGUACCUGCAGCCCUCCGGACACACACCGUCACACAGUUUCCCUUUGAGCGGUCCUGCUUCAGACCACCAGUUCAGCAUUGAAGAGAAUGAGACUUCGUAUUCCGGCAAGUUCCACCACCAUCACCGACGCCACACACACAGCCAGGAAAUGCUCUGCCACACGCACACACACAAGAAUAAGCGUCGAGCCCCUCCCUGCCCUGCAGAUGGGUUGGACAUCUCUCAGUCUCUGCUCAAGGCUCUGGAGUCAGAUAGUGAUUCUGCCCCCUGGCCCUCACUGCAUAUCAACAUGGACAACAAGGGAGAGGAGAAGCAGCUGUCGGAAAAGUCUUUGCACCCUCCUGCGUCUCCAGCGAUACACCCUGACCAUGUUAAGUGUAACAUCCUUAAGGCCCAGAUGGAGGCAGCCUUCAGGAAGGAAGCUCCAACAACGCCUAGAGGGAAGAACUCAAACCAGACCUUCAAUGAAAGGUAUCAAAGCUCCUCCCAAGACUCAGCUGCAUCCAGUCUGACAGCAGACAAAACGCCACAUCGCCAAGACCGGAAUCUGACGACAGACUCUCUGCAGUCCAAAUCCAACACAAGCACCACCCGCAGAAAACGACUGGUCAGACAGUUCAGCUUUAACCAUGAAGAUGAGGAUAAUCUCCCAGAAGCACUUGCAGCCAUCUCUUCCCAGAGUACAAUGAAGUCAGGAUCUACAAGCUCACUGGACAAACAGAUACAGCCAUCCAUAUAUCCACAGGUGGAUAAUAUGCCAGCCCUGGAGCUGGGUGGUCCAUGCUGUCCCUCUCCUUCGCCCUCUCCCCACCUCUCUCCUUCUUACUAUCGUAGCUCCAUCCCUCACCUGGUCCCUUACCUUGCUGCACAUAAUGACAGUGGAGAGGAGAUGAGGUUGGACAGAGAGAAGAUACUCAGAGCCCUCCUGAUGACGGAGCUCUGAGCCAUUGAUCCUGGACUCCUGUGUCAUCUUUACCCGCCACAGAGUUGACCUUCAGUUAAAUGAGGAGGCAGAAGACCCCAAAGUUUUUGGGUCAAAUCAACAUUUGUAUAUUUGCAUAAAUCCCUCAGCAGCUAUAGAUAUAUAUUUGCACAAAGGUAAUUGUUAUAUUUGCUUAAUUGUUAUUUCAGAAGGACAUUUCUUUAUAUUCAAACUAAAACUGUUAAAACUACAAGUGAGAUUAAACAAAUUGGACUCACUGGCUAACUGACGAUCUCACACAAUACACAUAAGCUACAGAUGUGACUGGUGCUGCCUGCAUGACAAAUAUAAACAUGAUGAGACCUUUAUCUGAUUUGCUUUGGGUUAUGAAUAAUGAAUCAAUUUUAUCAACACUGUGUCUAUGCUGAAGCCUAAACGGUUUCCAGACAGCGACUGUUCAAGCAUUGAUCUCUUCACUUUCAGAAAAAGAGGCUGAACUGAAACUGUGCACUUUCAAGUCAGUGUAUUCAAAAUGUAAAUAGCAAUGUUAGUAAUAAGCAGAACAAACAGCUUCCUUGUAUUACAGUUCCUUUUUUGAGAUGCCUAAACCUUUACAGCAUCUGAGUUUUUAAGAAACUGAACAGUUUCAAAUUAAGUGAUUUUACUCUGUAUAGCUGCAGUCUCAAUCCAGCCACUAGGAGGAGACAGAUCUGCCGUGACAGCUCACCUGAAAACAUACAUGUGGUGUUGACAGACCAAGGAUCCUUUUUGCUAUUUUUUUACAAACAAUUUCAAAUUUCCUCACAAGUCAGAUGCAAAAGUGAUCUCAGAAGUCAUGUUUUUUGGAAAUUUAUAACAGGUUUAGUCAUAACCCUGCUGCUUUAACAGCUUUAGUUCAGCUCUUGUUUUGCCACACCCACAUCUGAAGCAGCAUGUGUUUUGCUGCUGUUCUGUGUUGAUUGUGAUGUUCCUACCGUCGGAUGGAUCAUAAUAAAGGCCACAUCAUCAGUUUGA